UCUGCUGUUGCCCCCCCAAGGGUAUGCCCCUGCCCCUCUGUGGGGAAUGGCACUGCCUCCACACCACCAACAGAACCAGGCUCUUUACGGAACAGCUGGAACCUUCCCCGGUGCCGCCCGCCCCCAGCUUGCAACAACACUGCCCAUCGGCUCACACAACCAGUUCAUCCCAUUACAGGUGACUAAGAAGCGAGUGUCAGCCAACAAGAAGAACCAUGACAGUCGAGAGUUUUACAGCGCCGCCCAUACCGUGGCCAAGAACCAAUUACAGAGAGCCCAGAACCAGCCCUCUGGGCAAUCACAAGCACAGAGUGAACCACAGAGCAGUAAAGUUGACCAGCCACACCAAUAUCCUGCCAAUAGCAAUCCUUCAUCCAGUCCCAGUCUAGCAGAGACUUUUUCCACAGCGACAGCAGCAUCACACACACCUCCUCGACAAAAUGUCCCAGCAUCAGGCCACACCUCUGGCUCCGCCUCUAAAAGGAAGCACAGGAAGCUCGCUGUCAACUUCGAAGUGGCUAAAGUCUCUGAGUAAUGAGCUGGAGUUUCUUUAAGUGUGAGAGAACAGAGCGUGCGAGUGUGUAGUGUUUUUAAACUGCUGUUUCAAAGCAUCUCUGAGCAAAACCUUGUCAAUGUGAAAGUUUAAUUCAGGAUGGGCACAGAGUAAACUGGAUGGGUUUUUUUUUCUCAUGUUGUACCCUUGAUCAAACUAAAUUAUGCCCAGUUUUACUGCCAUCUGCCUCAAAACACAACUCAAAACUAUCAAUGAUAUAUCAGAAUUCACUUGCCCCUUCAUGUCUUCACUUCAGAUCAAAGUUGUGUUAAUGUAAACGUUUAUCAAACCUGGUUACUAGUGUUCUGCCCUUUCUCUGAAAUGUUGCCUUCUUAAGAUUGUUUGUGACCAGCGUGAGCCUACGGGUUGCUGAGCAGUCAGCGUUUACCGGUCUGAAAAGGAAUCUAGCUUUCUGGCUAGAAGAGUUCUUGGAAGUGCUUUUUCUUCCAUUGGGUCUUUUCUCAAAGAGGUUGAUUUUGUGGUUCCAUUUCUCUUUUUAGCAGAAUUCACUAAAGUCUUAUUUGUUUAAUCUGAAUAUUAGUAGUCCCUUCUGACUUAGACUGAUUUAUUACCUCUACAUUAUGUUUUGUUAACCGUACUAACCAAGUAAUUGCUGAGAUCAUGGACCAUGGCAACAUUACUGAAAGCUGGUACAGCAGGGCAGGAAAUACCAGUAUUUAUACAGUCAUACUGGUUGUAAACAAUGUUGUCAAAUGUGCCAAAAAAGAAAACUGAAGUCAACAGUAAAAGUAAUAGCCAGACUGUGCUUUGUAGACAUCCAUUUGCCGUCUACUGGCUGUGGUUGCUUGCGCUCAUGGCUUUUGUGUGCAGUGAGAAGUUUAGUCACAUUUCUUGUGUUUCCCUUGUCCCUCCAAAUUAUGUGCUAGCCGAUUUGGUAGAUCAAAGUUUGCCUCAUUAUCUGACUGGUGCUCUUUGUUCCCCUUUUGACCUUUUCUUUUGUGUGUGUGUGUGUUGUUUUUUGGUGACAUUGCUGUGUUUCAGAGUCUUGGCAAGUGCACUGUUAUAAGCCCAUACAACCGAUGGCUGUAGCUACAAAAGUAAAACUUCUCCUAACUAAAAAGUAGCCACCUAUUACUCACUCUCAGAAGAAAACAGAAGGAGUGUUAAUAUCACAAGUGGGUUUCUGAUUUAUUUUUUGUUUGUUCAUUUUAUAAACUGGACCCAGUGACAAAGUCUAAACCUGUUGCAGCCUCCGAACUGAUUCAUCAGACUGAUACAGUUCUGAUGGACCUACAGGAUCCCACACACUGCCAGAUUCUAAAAGCAACUUGAUACACUACUUAGUUUUUUAACUGAAUGGCGCUAUAAGAUUAUGAUUUUUACACAGGUGCAAAAUGUUUUUACUUUUUAUCCACUAGCUUUAAACAUAUUUUUCUUGUGAAUGUGGAAGCUCAACAUUUAUAUGUACUCCUGACAUUUUAAAUUGCAAAACAAAAAUUUGAAUUUUAUUGAUUCCUGGCACAUGGCAGAUGCCACAUGCUGUUUUGUUUGUAUUUGUUAGAUGUUUUUAUUUCAGUGCAGUACUUUGGUUAUUCUAGUACUCCUCGUGGCCCUUCACAGUUGUGUGGCAUAGAAUUCGAGAGCCACAUAAAGAUGAGAGACAGAAAAAAACAAGCAUUGAUACAUAGAGACAUUUAGUACAAUAAGGUUUGGGGAAAAAAGGUUUUUGUAUCUGUGUAAAUUUAGCCAAAAAAGCUUUGUAACAGUGUUAUGUAACACAUGCUGAUAUAUUUAAACCACAAAUUUUUUGCUUUAAAUGCCCGCUAAAUUCAAUAAAAGUGUCUGAGAUGCUUUUGGGAAUCACAGUCUGAGAUUUAUUCUACACAUUUACAUAUAUAUAAAAUCUAUCCAUUUAAUCACAAUAAUUAUUAUUUUAGUGUUUGUUGUGAAGCUACAGUGAUGGAAGCAACUGUAGUGACAAGUUAAUCAGAUUUAUUUACUUCUUGUUUUGAGUGACACAGGUCCAGUAUGCUUCAUGUGUUCGUUUUAAGGCUGGCAUUCUAACACCAACCCAAGUCUACAAGGCUCAGGCGAAGUAUUAGGGAAAUUAAAGCGCACCUGUCCUUUUAUUUCUUCAGUAUAAAAAAGUGAUUUGUGUAUUGAUCCAGGCGUGUGCUGUACAUUUAAUA